GGUGUCUGCCGCCGAAACCAGAGCAGAGACGUUCCGCGAUUCAUCCGACACGGUUCCCACACGCUCUCCCUCUCUCUCGCAGACAUGAGCUCCUCGGAAGUGCAGUUUUCUGAGCAAAACAGCAAACCCGCAGCAAAGCCUUUGAAGCGAAAAGCUCCUGCGCCCGACGCCGACAUGCACCAGCGGACUCUGCGUCUCUCCUGCGAGGAAACUACCCAAGCCCUCUACGUCGUGGGUACGGAGUUGAAGGUGAACGUCAGCAGGAGCGCCCCUCCCAGGUCCAAAUACUUCAGUGUGAGAUGCAGCCCUGCGGUACAGUACAGGAUCUCUCCCCCACCCCCUCCCCAGGCAGACAACACCCUACCCCCCCUCCUCACCCCCAAAUCCACCCUUCUCAUCAGCAUGGAUGCUGCCAGCGAGUUCGCCAACGACAGCAAGAUGUCUGUGAAGUACUACGGAGAGAAGACAGACGUUCUGGGGAAGGCCAUCGUGCUGCUCACCGCUGUCGAGAUCUCCCUGGAUGUGGAUGCAGACCGAGAUGGAGUGGUUGAGAAGAACAACCCCAACAAGGGUUCCUGGAAGUGGGGUCCCAACGGACACGGCGCCAUCCUGCUGGUCAACUGCGACUCGGAGAGCACCUCCAUAAAGAAACAGGACAGCGAAAGCGAGGAGAUAUCCAAAGUCUCAGAUCUGCAGGACAUGUCGCGCAUGGUUCUGCGGACGAGCGGGCCAGCACAGCUGCCCGAGGGCUACCAGCUCACCCUGCACAUCUCUCAGAGCGACGCGGAGAGCGUCAGAGUCUUCCGCAGCAGAGUGCAGAGCCACAGCCAGCUCAAAAAAUUGCUUUUUAAGAACUUUAUCAAAGACUACCCACUAGUGCUGAGCAAAGCCUUCCUGUCCCAGAAGGUUCCUUACGAAGGGGGCACCGCCGAGACCAACUUUUUCGUGGAGGGCCUUCGAUUCCCUGACAAGGACUUCGAUGGUCUGAUCACCAUAAACCUCAGUCUUCUGGAACCAACUUCAAAGGGCUUCCCUGAGACCCCCAUCUUCACUGACAAGGUGGUGUUCCGCAUGGCUCCCUGGAUCAUGACCCCCAACACGCUGGACCCCGUGGAGGUGUUUGUGUGCAGCACCUCCGAUAACUACCAGUUCCUGAAGGGCAUGAGGAAGCUCGUCCAGCGCAGCGGCUGCAAGAUGAAGGUGUGCCACGAGUACAUGAACCGCGGCGACCGCUGGAUGCAGGACGAGGUGGAGUUCGGCUACAUCGAUUCGCCCCACCACAGCUUCCCGGUGGUGCUGGACUCCCCUCGAGACGGGUACCUGCAGGACUUCCCUUACGACGAGCUGCUGGGACCGGACUUUGGCUAUGUGACGAGGGAGGCCUGGAACGAGGAGGUGAGCAGUCUGGACUCAUUCGGGAACCUGGAGGUGAGCCCCCCAGUGACGGUGAACGGGAAGAGCUACCCCCUGGGCAGGAUCAUCAUCGGCGUGGCCUUCCCCACAACUGCCCAUGGACGCAACAUGACCAAAGUGGUCCAGGACUUCCUGUGGGCCCAGAAGGUCCAGGACCCCAUUGCUCUCUUCUCUGAUUGGCUGUGUGUGGGCCAUGUGGAUGAGUUCAUGACCUUCGUCCCCGCGCCUGACAGAAAGGGGUUCCGGCUGCUGUUGGCCAGCCCAGACGCCGGGUACAAACUCUUCCAGGGCCUGCAGCAGGAUGGGCACGGACAGGCCGCUCUUUUCGAGGGUCUUGCUGACCAGGAGAAGAUCACAGUGGAUGACAUUCUGAGCAACCAGCAGCUCAGGGAAGAGAACAACUAUGUCCAGGGCUGUAUCGACUGGAAUCGAGACGUGUUGAAGAGGGAGCUGGGCUUGGAGGAUGAAGACAUCAUUGACCUGCCUAUCCUUUUCAAAGUGGUGGAGGACAACCGGUCAGUGGCCUUCUACCCCGAUAUGGUGAACAUGAUCGUUUUGGGGAAGAACCUCGGCAUCCCCAAACCCUUUGGGCCGCAGGUCAACGGCCGCUGUGCUCUGGAGGCAGAGAUGUGCUCCCUGAUGGGGGAACUGGGCCUCUCCUGCACCUUCAUCGAUGACUUCACCUCCUACCACAAGCUCCUGGGGGAGGUCCACUGCGGCUCCAAUGUGCGCCGAGCUCCCUUCCCCUGCAAGUGGUGGAACCUGGAGCUGUGAGGGAGGAGGGGGCGUGGCGACAGGCCACGACUGACCAAUCAGAGCUGGGGAAAUAUUCAUGUACCUUUAUAUGACCUGGUGCUGGUGAUUUUCUAAAACUUUAAUUGCUUGUGUAGUCUGAGCGAAUGAUAAAGCUGCCCUGAGCAAUAACCAUAACAAGUUGUUACCUUUCAGCAGCCCUGAGGGAGACUCUGUCCCCUUUACUCUGCUAUUGGGCAGUAGAGCAUUCAGCUAAUAAAACGGAGAAGUCAAGGAAAACAGUUAGACUGGUAACUCAGGCUGGAAUUAAGCAGGGGAUAUUAUUUUCUUAAGUACCAAAGUAACAUUUUGAAGCAUGAAGUAUGACAUGCAAAUAUGACAUGAUUCUGUGUUCUUUACUUUUUUAUAUCUAUGUUGGGGUUUCCACAGAGGGUCAGUAGCUUGAGCUGUAUAUUUCAGUUAGCACUGAGUGCCAGAGGAGGCCUUUGUCAGGCCAAAACUCUGUGACAGACACAUCAGAUAAGUAUCAUUGAUCGCUUAUAAUUAAAACAGCAACAAAAUCUAAUAAACCUGACUUCCAUUGACACUCUCU